GCAGUUUCAGUGUGGAGGGCUGACAUCUGCGAGGCCUUGCUUCCGUUCUUCCAUGCCGCCCAAUUACAGCACUAGCGUACUAAUGCUUGAGUCCCGUCUCCAACAAACAUCACAGUAACACCCGAACCACCUCCUCACUGCCUCAACCAAGGAACAUAAACUUCCCGUCUUUCCCUACCCGACCUUUUUACCGUUACAACCAAAGUCCCAUUUGCUCCCGGUACCUGAUCGCCAGUCACCCUCCUAUCUCGACCGCCCUAUCGACGUAUUCAGCUCGUGCCGCAGAGCAUUGGCCAAACGCAACCGAGACGCUACCGACACGGACAAAGGGGGCACCGAAUACCUACACGACAUCGGGCUCUUGUCUCCUCGUCCGCCGAGAACCCCUUCAAUUGAUGCGCCGCGACAUGCGCAUAUGAAUCCACGAUGGCGGACCAGGCCAGAGCAGCAGGAGCAGGAGCAGGGCGGGACAGGCCGCCUCCGCCCAUACCGCAGUCGCCAUUGAACACCGCUAUGCCUUCACGCAAGAUCGCACCCAUCGCAACUACUCCCACCGAGGGCAGGGGAUCCGCCAUCUUCGAUGAUGAGGAGCUCCAUGCUCGAACCCCUCCCGUCCCCCGCUCCCAGACACACACUCCCGGCCAGCUAUCGACCCGGACCCAGAUCCAAGACCGUCAGCGCAGACCCUCUGAGCUAUCCAAAGCCUCGGAAUUGUCCAUUCGCCAGCGCUCGCUUUCAACGGCUGUGAACGCAGCUGUCAACGCAGCCUCCUCCUUGACCGUCUCCCAGCCCGUCUAUCCGCACGCCGUCCCUCCCCACAAAGCAGCCACGCCGACGCCCUCCUCGACAGGUUACAGGCAGCCGAGCACUGCCCUACCCGAUAACCGAGAUAGCACACAUUCUUCCACGACAACCUUAAUAGGUUCCACGACAACCCUAAUAGGCACUGCCACUACGAGAGAGCGCAAGGACUCGUCUGCCGGCAGCGGUAAGGAGGCAUCAUCCAGGCGUCCGGCCGGCAUGCGGUCCACAUCCGCCAUCGCGAGCGGCCGCCCUGGCACCUCGGCAUCUUCCUCGGCCGUUGCUCGCGCGAGCGGCACACGCGGCGCUCGACCCGGUGCCCAAAUGAUACACCACGCUCCCUUCCCGCCGCUGGUAGAUCCCCGGACCGCCCCGGACGUGCCCCCGGCGCCGUCAUCCGGCAUGUACUGGAGCAAGGCGCCCGUAUCAGGAGCAUCACACACGGCGCUGCGUGCGCAUACCACGACGCUGAUCGGGUCCAACGUCUACGUCUUUGGCGGGUGCGACUCGCGGACGUGCUUCAACUCGCUGUACGUGCUGGACGCCGACGCCUUCUACUGGUCAGCUCCCCAGGUGGUGGGCGAGAUCCCAGUGCCGCUGCGCGCCAUGACGUGCACCGCCGUGGGCAAGAAGCUGAUUGUCUUUGGUGGCGGCGACGGGCCGAGCUACUACAACGACGUCUACGUGCUGGACACUGUCAACUUCCGGUGGUCCAAGCCCCGUAUCCUAGGGAAGGACUUCCCCUCGAAGCGACGGGCGCACACGGCAUGUCUCUACAAGAACGGCAUCUACGUGUUCGGCGGCGGUGACGGUGUCCGCGCGCUCAACGACAUAUGGCGGCUUGACGUGAGCGACAUCAACAAAAUGUCGUGGAAACUAAUAUCAGAAGGGUCACCGGGGCCAGACGAUCAGUCAUCUUCAUCAUCGACAGGAGGAGGAGGAGGAAGCGGCGGUGGGAAGAGCGAAGCACGAGCAUCAGGAAUGUCCACUAGCGGCGGCGAUAUCCGGCCUAAGGCGCGCGGCUAUCACACCGCCAACAUGGUGGGUUCCAAGCUGAUCAUCUACGGUGGCUCCGACGGCGGUGAGUGCUUCAACGACGUCUGGGUCUACGACGUCGACACGCACGUGUGGAAGGCCGUCCAGAUCCCCAUCACGUACCGCCGGCUGUCGCACACGGCGACCAUCGUCGGCUCGUACCUGUUCGUCAUUGGCGGCCACGACGGAAACGAGUACUCCAACGAGGUCCUCCUCCUAAACCUGGUGACCAUGUCGUGGGACAAGAGGCGGGUCUACGGCUUACCGCCCAGCGGGAGGGGAUAUCACGGCGCGGUGCUCUACGAUAGUCGUCUGCUGGUCAUUGGCGGAUUCGAUGGUGCCGAGGUCUUUGGUGACGUGUGGCUCCUUGAGCUGGCUGUUCAUGCUUAUUACUCGCAGAUCAGCCAUUUCACGAUUGAGGUAUAAACUUUGGUGCUUGGUGGUGAAGGGG